AUGACAUCACUUGCAAGACAAGCAGCGAGUUCCGGGCUCAAAUUUGGUGCCCUGGGACGAUCAUUUUACCCCACACAACGUGGACAGCUUUGGCAACAAACGAUGCGGCGUAGUGUGCACAACACGAGCGCUCAGAGUCACACUACGAUCCUGAGCAGCGACAAGCUUGCCUCUUUCAAUAUCAUGAGCUUGAAAGCGUUAAAAAAUGAAUGUCGAUCGCGCGGACUGAAAGUUUCUGGCAAAAAACUCGAGCUUGUAGAGCGGAUUAUGGCCGCUGAGAGCCAAGGUGUGCUUUCCAGAGGCACUCUAGGCGCCGUCGGUGCGCGUAAAAUUCAUGUAAGCGCCCUUUUGCAAAAAGACACGCGGGCUGGGGCUACGAAACCCGUAGAUGCAGUGAAGAUGCCCGACGUUGCUGCGACCGAAGCAUCCGUGUCUGCACCAGAAAAGGACUACAUUUUACAGAUCCCUCCGCUGUCAAAAAACGCCGCGCAAAAACCCGUGACAAACCUCGAAAAACAGCUCAGUGAGCGCAACAACGCCGACAGCACCAAUGGGUUUCCCGAAGUGUCUACGCCGGAUCAAGAAAAGGUCAUUUUUCAGUCCGAAGCGCCCGAAGCGACCGUCGAGAUCGUGAACGAGGAAUUUGAAACCGCCAAGGACACGAAUACGCCAACCAUGAGUGCACAAGGCGGGUCUAGCAAGGAAUUUAGCGGGCGUGACAAGACGUUUUUCUUGGGGUUCGUGACGGCGGUCACAGGCUGGUGGUCGCUCAAAUUGUGGGAAUAA